AAUAAAUCAAAGAUCAAGCAUAUUAUCAACGACUGCAAUGUACUCGAGAUGCAGAAUUUCUCUGAAUCUUGCAGUUCAUUAUUAUACAAACUGCUGUGACAAGUUGAUCAGUUUGUUAAAUUAAUUCUUCGGAGCUGUGUUGCAUAUGUUAAAACCAAUUAACACAAUGCUUUGCCGGAUUUUUUUUCUACUCAUCAGUACUGUAAUUUUUCCUAUAUUUGCUGAGAAUAAUGGAAAUUGUCCAAACGUGUUAAACCGAUCGGCGUGGGGUGGGCAGCAGUCGAAAGGAGUGUCGUAUUUAAUCGUACCUCUACAAUAUGUGACAAUUCAUCAUACCGUCACACCGAAUUGUCUCACGUUUAAUUCUUGCUCAGAAAGAGUGAGAAAUAUUCAAUCAUAUCAAAUGGAUGAACUUCACUGGGAUGACAUAGGAUUUUCAUUUCUGAUCGGUGGCGACGGCAACAUUUACGAGGGUGUUGGUUGGGCCAAAGAAGGUGCUCAUACGUAUGGUUGGAACAAAAAGUCCGCGGGCAUAGCUUUCAUCGGAAAUUUUCAGGAAACGGAACCACCGCGUCAAAUGAUGGAGGCAGCACGAAAAUUAAUAGAUUGUGGUAAAAGCGGAGAGUUUUUGAAAAACGAUGUGAAAAUUUUGGGAGCUCGUCAACUCGUCAGUACUCUCAGCCCAGGCGACAAACUUUACGAAAAAAUUCAACAUUGGUCGGACUGGGUAACGAGUCCUUAGACCGAUGUUUCAAAAAACACUUGUGCACAUUGAAUAAAUUAUAUCUACAAAUA